UCAUCUGCCCGUGAUGUAUUGAUUCGGGGGUGCAGUAAGGGUUUUGUGACGUAUGUACCGUGCAGCUGAACAUGUAUGGUGCUGAUUAUUCACAAAACGUAACAUAGGCGUGUUAAAGUGGACGAAAAUUGAAAUGUGGAUGUGCUGAAAUGAAAGUACUUAGAAAAUGUAGUGAUGUGUGUUUAAAACAGAGGAAAUGAAGUAUGAAGCUCCAGGAGCGGAGAACUGCAUUUUACGUUACAGUAGGUAUAAAUGAAAGCUAAGAAAACUGUCGGAACGUAUUUUUUAAGUAUAUGUGGAAUUUAAAAUGUGAACACCCUGUAGUAUAGUCGUGAUUUUUAAAAAGGGAACACUCUUUAGUGUAGCCUUGAGUUUAAAAUAUGAACACUCUGUAGUAUGUUUGUGCAGUUGUGUUAAUUGGUGAUACAGUUACAAGUAUGAGGGACUUUAUUGGCAUUUAAAUUUGCUUACAAAUGUGACAGUAACAUGUUAUUUUCUGGAAGAAUUCGGAAUAUAUCUUGUGCGCAGACGAAGUUUUAUGAUGAGAGUGACUUUUUUUCAAGCAGCAAAGUUUCUUUGAGCGCACGCGAAUAAUGUUGUAAUUAAUUAUGUUUUUGAUCACGUGAUAUUACAAAACCGCCUUGAAAACAAAUAGAUGGAAUAAAUUUUUGUUAAAACAGUGCACAAUGCAGAGUCAUCUUAAAAUGACACUUAUAAACGGUUUAUUGAGAAGUGUAACCACUAUUUUGUCUAAAACGGUUUGAAAUAAGGCUACGUAUGAGAUGUUUUCGAGAAAGGAUAAAGUAAGAGUUUAAGAGCCGCCUUGGUGGGUUCUCAAGAAGAAUAUCAUGAGAACAGACAAGUUCGCGCGUUUCUGACCUCGUGUUUAGUAAACAGCGACCCCAGUCUGCUUCCAAGCGGUUUAAUAAAAGCCAUUUGACUCGAGGAUGACGUGAGCCGUGUAUGACAUCAUGAUGGGACGUACUUUGAGCAAAAACCGCUGAGAUGGCUGCCACCGUCCAGCAGAUUCCGUCUACAAGGACAGCCACUCGUGCGUCUACACGAAUAACAAGACCGACGUCUCUGGGCGACGGGCAGACAUUGCUGAUUAACGACGAUGGGCGCCAUCAGAGGAAGACGUCGAAGACGAAACGAAAUGAGUUGAAAUUUGUGUUCGGUUUGGGUGAAGAAGAAAAAAAGGAAGAAAAAAUAGUCAAGGAAUUCUUGACGGAGGUGAAUGAACCGAGGAAAGUGGAGUUGUCGUGUUUACUGGAGCCUGCGGUUGGUUCACAGUUCGUUGCUACGGACGGAAAUGAUGAUAUUGUUGCUAUAAGGUCCGAUGCCCAUCAUCAGCUGGUGAUUCAGAAACCUCAAGCACCAGUUCGGCUCCACAGAGCAGAGGGAGACAGGCGAAGUCAUGGUGUUCUCAGGAAUCACUUGCAGCGUGAGGCCGUGAUCAACGCUUGGCAGGAUGAACAGUCGAAGCUGCAGUUGCACAAUGGAAGCAUCGGUAACGAAGACCUCUCUGCAGCCUCAGUUCUUGCCAGACUUGGUGUGACAGUUGAUGCUCAUGGAGGUUUGGUGAGGGAGAGGCCAGCAUCUCUUCUCAGUGGCAGAAUUGGCAUCAACAACAAAGAGAAUGUCAUGGAUGAGCCCAAAGAAGAGGACGAAAAGAAGACAGCAGAUGUCUGUAGGACAAAGAAUGAUGAGGACAGCAAUUCUUCAGAGGAGGAUGGAGGCAGUGGAGGAGCAGUUGGAGACUCCAAGAUGACAAGCAGUGGAACACAGACCCAACAAGUAGCAGAGUCCACGGAGCCCCCAAACCUUUCUGCUCUGUACCAUGGGACAUGGCCUGUUGAGAGGACGCUGUGGCACAGCGGUCCAAGCAGCAUCGGUGGAACCAGCGGCAGCAAGAGUGUCACACAGGAUGUGUCCAGUGUGAUGAGUUUCACGUCAAGUAUGGGCUUGCUGCCCGAUGAGGUUGCAGCAACCCGCCGAACCUACAGCCAGCAACAGCUUGGAGCCAAAGUGGAGAUGGUGUACAGCCUUUUGUCAAUGCUUGGGACCCACGAUCGUGAGGACAUGAGCAGGACAUUGUUGGCCAUGAGUAGUUCACCAGACAGCUGUGUGGCCAUGAGACAGUCUGGUUGUCUGCCCCUGCUGGUGCAGCUUCUUCAUUCUCCAGACUCUGACACAGACACAAGGCAACGUGCAUCCCAAGUUCUACAUAACAUGGUUCACUCACACCCUGACGACAAGCGAGGACGUCGCGAGGCCAGGGUUCUGCGACUGCUGGAGCAGGUGCGGGAAUAUUGUGACUCACUGCGUGAGAGGAUCAAUGCUGCUACCCCGGCUGUAGAUGGGCAGGAUCGUCAGCAACAUGUUCUUCAAGCAGCUACGAGAAUUGAUCAGGAAAUGUUGUUAUUGGUGUUGAGAGCAAAUGAGAAGGAACUAGGUUUAGCUGGACAAGAUUCUUCUUGUUCUGUGGUACUAGAUGACAUGGAGAGACAUCCUGGACCCACCAUUGCUGCCCUGAUGAAGUUAUCCUUUGACGAAGAGCAUCGGCAUGCCAUGUGUCAGCUUGGUGGCCUGCACGCUGUCGCAGAGCUAAUACAGAUUGAUCAUGAAGCACACGGAAGUACGACAAGUGACCAGUACUGUGUCACGCUACGGCGCUAUGCAGGAAUGGCAUUAACGAACCUCACCUUUGGUGAUGGUGCAAACAAGGCUUUGCUGUGUUCUUUUCGACAGUUUAUGAAGGCUCUGGUUGCUCAACUGAAAUCCCCAAGUGAAGACCUGCGACAGGUGACAGCAAGUGUCUUAAGAAACCUGUCAUGGCGUGCUGAUGGCGCCAGUAAGCAGACUCUUCGAGAGGUUGGUGCAGUGUCAGGGUUGAUGCAAGCUGCUAUGGAAGGGAAAAAGGAAUCUACUCUAAAAUCCAUUCUCUCAGCUCUCUGGAAUCUCUCUGCACAUUGUAGUAUCAACAAGGUUGACAUCUGUGCUGUUGAUGGUGCCUUGGGUUUCCUUGUUGACAUGUUGAGUUAUGAUGCUCCAUCGAAGUCUCAUGCAAUUGUAGAGAAUGCUGGAGGAAUCUUACGCAACAUUUCUAGUCAUAUUGCUGUUCGUGAAGAUUACAGGGCAAUACUUCGUAAGCAUGGCUGUCUACAAGUGCUCCUACAGCAGCUGAAGUCACCGAGCCUUACAGUUGUGAGCAAUGCAUGUGGAACUCUCUGGAAUCUCUCAGCCCGUUGUGCUGAAGAUCAACGUGUGCUGUGGGACAUGGGUGCCGUCAGCAUGCUUCGGAGUCUCGUCCAUUCGAAGCACAAGAUGAUCUGCAUGGGAUCCAGUGCAGCACUGAAAAACUUGUUAAGUGCAAAGCCAAACAAUAAUUUCCCACCCCUUGACUCCACGGCAAAAGGUUUAGGGCUCCCUGCACUUCCAAGUCUCUAUGUUCGUAAGCAGCGUGCCCUCGAACAGGAGCUUGAUCAGACACUGUCAGAGACUUGCGACAACAUUGAACCAAGUACGUCACCUUCAGCUUCCACAGUCGGGUUGCGUGAUGAAAAAUUCAUCUUUUCAACAACAGAGCGUUCUUUUGGUUCUUCAGAGAGACGUCAUGGCAGGAUGUAUAAUUCUUAUUCAAAGUAUCAUUCAAGAGGCUCAGUUGCAAGAUCUGACAGCAGAGACUCUGUGACCAGUACUCUGUCUGACUCAGUGUAUGAACGUGUGAGUAGAAAUGUUGUGAACCCAUUGACUUACGGACAAGUGUCGCCAACAAAUGGGAUAUCACAGGGAUUAACGGGGAGUCUGAGCGAUUCUGGGCGUAUCAAUUCUCGGAUGUCAGGAGGCGAAAACUCAGAUCGAAAAUUUCUUCGCAGGUAUUGCAACUCUAUGAAGGAGAGCAGGGAUGCUCUGCCACUGGAUGUCCGUAACGAGGAGAACCCUCAGCAGUCUGUUUCCCAACACAGUCAUGAACUGUACCAGCAUGCGAGGUUGGGACAAAUUAGUGAAACAAACGUCUCUGGUCCCUCAGAAAAUCAAAUGAAUGCUAUCACCCUGUCAAAGGAUUCACAUGUAGGCCCUCAACAGUCUUCCAGAGAAAACCAACACAGUGCCAAGACUGCAGAUAAAAGAGAAGAGGAUUGUCACAAUGACAGAGUAGGUGGCACCAUCCAUUUAGACCCAAGUUUGACUAAACAACCAAAGAAUCUCUUCUGUGAUAGCAUGAGGUCAUCAAACCAGAGAGCGUCAUUUGGUCCUCUUGUUGCCGGAUCUUACGGUAAAUCCUCGAAUAAACCACAGUACCACCAUUCAACACAGCAGCAAAAUUGUAUUGCCUUAUCUUCAUACACCGCAGUAAGACCAAAGUACUCUGACUUUCCAUAUGAUGAUGACACAGAAGCCCAAGAGCUGCCUGUGGAUUACAGCCUGAAGUAUGUUGAGGAUAACCCCCAGCCAAGGGACAUGGAGGUAGCGGCGACUGAAAGUAAUCACAUGAAGAUAGAAGGUGACCAAGAGGGCGAUGCUGCAGAGGCAUACCAAAGCUCUAGAAAUGGUGUAAGAGGAAAGCAAAACCAGAAUGAUUUGGGAUGUGGCUACCCAUACAGACAUCAAGGGAGCAUCCAUGUCAGCAAAAAUAUGAAGAUGAAUGUUGUGUAUGGAGACUAUGCAGAAACUGACUUGGAUCAACCUACAGAUUAUAGCUUGAAGUAUGCAGAAGAAAAUGAUGAGACAGAAUUUGAAAAGAAUCAUGAGAUGAGCAGUGAACAGGAGAGAGAUUACUAUGACGGUAAUGACCCUAUUCAUGAAGAUACCUUGAAAACGUAUUGUACAGAAGGAACUCCGUACGAGACACCGUACAACUUUUCGACAGCUACCUCCAUGUCGGACCUGCACUGUGAGCCGCCUAUGCCACAUUCAGAGGACGGUGGAGGGAAGAAACAGCCGGAGCAGUACACCAGACAUGGAUCAGUAGAAGGCAACGUGACCAAAAGCGUUGACGAAAAUGAAACGUCUAUUUCAGAAGAUGUAUCUAAUUUUGAUAAAGAUUUUACAGAAAAAGGACCUCAAAUGAAAGCCCUACCUCCAGCUCCUAGACAGCCAUUGAAACGACUACAGUCAGGUCUGAGUUCAGGCCUGCUUUCUCCAGAGAAACCUGUUCAAUACUGUGAAGAAGGUACUCCAGGUUGUUUCUCUCGUGUGAGUUCCCUUAGCUCACUAAGCAGUGUUCCGGCUAUUGUGGAUAGUGCACUUGAGGUCUCCAUAGCGGCUCACACUGAUCACACUGUGUCAGAACCAGACCAGAAGCUAAGGGAUGCUGACAUAGCAAAGGGCGAUGCUUGUUCCCUUGCAGAGGAAAGUGACAAGGGUGCUGUGAAGAGGGAAGUUAACAGCUCCACUGAUGUGGGGGAUGAGGCUGGUGGCCGCACAGAAGACAUGAAGGAAGAACAGCAGCGAGGAGACAGAGAAGGUAAAGUGGUUACUUUCGGGGGUGCUGACCACUAUGCCGAGGAGACGCCGUUGAUGUUUUCACGAUGCAGUUCCCUGGGCUCGCUAAGUAGCAUUGAGCAGCAUUCCAUUCAUGACGAUCGUAGCUCUGUCAUCAGCGAUUUUAGCCGGAGAACAAGUGGUAUUGUCUCGCCAAGUGAGCUUCCUGACUCUCCAACCCAGACAGUUCCAGCGAGUCCUCGUCAUACAAAGGCACCUGUGGAGUUCCCUAGUAGAACAAUGGAAGAGGGAACACAGCCAGUACCAGCAAACAGGCACCAAGUAGCUGGACAUUCAGGUGCUGUGAAAGGGAGUGUAUUUGAAGAUAAUGUAGUGGCUUUCAAGGAAGAAGACACGCCAGUCGAGUUCUCCAGGGCAACAAGCCUCAGCUCCCUCACCAUUGACGAUGAACCCAAGAUUUCCAACGAUGCAAUGCUGAAGGAAGUGGUGGGGAGACCCUCAUCUCAUGCCCGUUCGAGCAAUUUUCCAGCAGGAAUUCAUCAUGUGGUACGACUGGAACUGGUUGGAACAGAGCGGGAGGAUGGCAUGGAGAAACAGGACGUGGAGAAGGAGAAGCGCGGAGAGUUGGCGGACUGCUGCGAACUGGCUCCUGUCAGCGAAGGGGAAGAAGAGAAUGAUGAGGACAUGCUGGCCGCCUGCAUCAACGUUGGCAUGCAGAACAGCAGGCUACGGCAAUGUCAGUACAGUUGUCAAAACACAAGCAAGACCGCUCCAGUCCGGCCCACAAAUGUUAGCAGAUUCCAGGCCUCACCAGUUCAGUCACCAGGGUUGCGUAGUGGACGCCCCAGUGGCAUCCCUGUUAAAACAACUGCCAACAGCAGCUCGAGACAGGCGAAAGUAAUGCAGCUGAAGCAACAAGAAGGGGCUACGGGAACCGUGGUCAAACCCCUGAACUACAUGGUUGUACCAGGAGGUGCAUGUGAAGACGCUGUCCAAACUUACUGCACAGAAGGAACUCCAGCUAACAUAUCACAUGCCGGGUCACACUCUGACCUCUCUGUCCUGUCACUUGUUGGUGACGGAGAUGAGACUGAGGCUCAGAAGGAGGAGGCCCGCUUAGAGGGAGUGAAUGAAGUGGAGGAGCCUGAUGGAGAAGUUGAAAGGCCAGAACUCUCUGAUGACAGUUCCAACUUCUCAGGCGAUAAUGACAAUAUACUUGCCGAAUGUAUUCAGUCUGGAAUGCCUAAGGCUCGUCAGGCAAUAAGAAGAAUUGUGGCCCAGCCUGCAAGCGUUAGUAAUUCUUCAUCAUCAGAACUGCCUUCCCAGCCACAGAAAAAGAUACCAACUGUUGUUCCGGGAGUUACUGUAUCCGUUCUCCCUACACAUCACCCUGUUGCAACAACUUACAAGCCACCAUCCCACCAUCUGUGCGGCCUGUCUCACUCGUCACCACAUUCCACUAACAAGAAGCCGUCAGUGCUACCAUGCUCUCCUCGUCCGAAAGCAGCGGAUCAGCGUAAGCUGGCAGCUCAAGAUGAAACAGGGAAAUCGCAGAACUUGAGGACACCAAAAUCAAAAUUCAGUGGCACAUUGCAGGGGUCAAAUGUGCUGCCACAUUGCUUACCAGCAAGGGAUGAAGUGGAAACGUACGCUACUGAGGGAAGUCCCAGUACGUUCUCCAUCCGCUCAUCGCUUAGUGACUUGACUGUUAACUCUUCUGAUGGGUGUGCAGCCAGUUUACAGAGGUCGCCAUACCAGCACCCACUUCCUGGAGAAACAGCACGUGACAUUCCUAUAGGCUUUAAUGCAGAAGAUACCUCACUUGAGGUUUCUCUUGCUGCCUCUCUAAGUCCUCUCAGGGUAACGGAGGAAGAUGAUGAUGUCCAACCAUCGACAUCUGCACACCAAAACACAGGAACUAGCCAGUCAAGUGGACUGCAUGCUCCCAUCACCUGCUCGUUAGAUCCUGGACCAAGAUCGUGUGUUUCCCCACUCAACAGAUCUGUGGACAGUGCAACUGCUGAUGCCACUGCACAUCUCAUGGUGGCUUCUGAUGGAAGCUGGGCAGAUCACAGUGACAAGCAUGAUGAUUCAGCAUCAUCAAAGUUACUCAACAAAACAAGCUCUGUCUCUGAGGAUAUUGUGACAGUUUUGUCCCGUAACGGCUCUCUCAGUUCCCUUAGCGUUGACUCAUUUGGUUCAGUGGAACCAACGCCAUCAGAACAAGCGCUGCUGGAGCAGUGUAUCAGCUCAGGGAUGCCCAAGAGUAAAUCAGAGAUUGGAUGUGGCAAGGCCAGACUUCCUCUUCCAGUUAGCACAAAGAAAAUGGUCGGUGCAAGUGUAUGUAAGAUUCCACUUGCUACAGAUCACAGGAUACUGGGGGAUGGAGAGAGACAAGGUCCAGUCAUACCGAGUGUGCCGGUACAGAAACUGGAACUGAAGCCAGUAGUGAGAACCCACUCUGAGAGUAGUACAGAUGCCAUGAGGACAAUAGAGAGUGGUAUGGCUUGUCUGUAUGUACAGGAUGUUCCCACUGACACAUGUUCUUAUGAUAUCAGACAUGUUCCAAAAAACGGGCUGGAUCCGUCUGCUGCAUUCAACCUGAAGAAAUCUGCAGCAGACGUAUACGAAAGCAUCGCAGCCAUCGAAGGCGUGCAAGAUCUCCAAGACCAUCUGAAGAAUACCAGUGAUCUACCAGAGAAUAUGGGGGUGACAGAGGAAGAUUCCAGUUGUGUAUCUUCACAUGGAACUCUCAGUGCUCAUGCGGGUGAUAAGAAAGAUGCACUUGAAGACCCUGUGGAGUGUCAUCUACAUCUCCAAUAUGAAGAUGAUAAAAAUGAUGAAAAUGUGUUCAGAAGGCCUGCAGUGCCUGAAGAGUGCCAGUGCAGGCCUGAUAUGAAGUUAGAAAUUUGUAAGAAAUCUUCAUGUAUUUCCUCUCUCGGUAAUAAAACCAUCAGUCCUCGUGAAAAUGUAAGUGAUAUUAAAUCUCAGUUCUCAUCUGGAGAAAGCUCUUCUACUGGUGUUGGCACUGAUGAGAAGGUGGAAGAUUGUCAAGGAAAAGGGCAGAGGGAUCCCGAUGCGAUGGUUGCCUCUUUGGACCGCUUCACAGAAGAAACUGUUCAGCAAACACAAGACGUGCAUUUGCAGAAAGAUAAGAAUAAAGAUUCUAGCAUCAUGAAACAAAGCCUUAUUGGAAGUGACACAUGGAAUGAAGACACAUCACCCAAUGAUAUAUCAUUUCCAAGUAUGAGUUUAAGCGCACCUCUUGUUGCCUCUUUCAGGAGUGACAAUCAUGAAGAUGGAGCCAUCACAUUACCAGAGUUGGCUGAAGAAUGUGACAUCAGCAAGACCAGUGAAGAACAACAGGGCAGUUCACUCACAGAUACACACAUGAUUCAAGCAGAAGCUGGCAGAUUAGCAGAAGCAGUACAGACAGAAGGCCAGAACUUCCUGUAUGCCUCAAGUGAGGAAAUGAAGCAUAGUCUGACAAGUCUGAAUUCCAUAGAUCUGGAUGCGAUCAAGCCACCGUCAAUGAUGGGAAGUCUUGUGUCUCUAACAGCAAGCUUGUCUGGUCAGUUAGACAAUGUUGAGAGUGGCGAAACAAGGGAGCAUUGUAAUUCAUCAUCUCUUCCUCCUCAUCAGCCCCGAAGUAAUGGAACUCGACUGGAAUGCAGGCAUUCAAGAAAGAGAUCUCUCCCUGCUGGAAUGAUGGUUCGAAGAGCACUGGGAAACAGUAACCACAGCGCAAGUAUUGAGAACCUGCAAGACAACACAAGUGUAUCCAGCAGCUGUAAUUCUCAUCUCGAUAACAUCAAACCUCCAUCAGCCAUGGAGGAAUUAAUUGAUAUCGUGGAUAUGGAGAACAGCAUGAUCAGUGUAGCGAGUAUCACCUCAGAAGUUGCUGAUACGUCAGCCAAAGAGCAUUCGACUUCUGAACAGUUGCCAGGGAAUAGCGAUGGUAUAUUUGAACUUCUAAAACCAGCAGCAAGUGUCAUGGCAGAAGUGUGUGCAGCCGCAAUGUGUGCAAGUGUGCGCACCAAUAGUGCCAGUGAUUGCUUGGACAACAUCAAUCCUCCAUCUGCAUUCAGCGAAUUUGGAGAUUUGGCAGAUCCUCAAUCAACUGCAGAGCCUGGGACGGAGACAAUCUGCAGUGAUACGGAGAUGUGUACAGAGGAACCUGGUUAUGCACAUUCCAUGGACAAGCUAGAUGAAGUUGAUGCACCAGAUUUGCCCUCAGAUACCAGCAUGAAAACAACCCCUUUACCUUCAGCAGAUCAGUAUAUGACUAGCUCAGCAGAAUCUACCCCCAAGAAACACAGACAACUAACCCCAAAACAGAAACGACAGAUGGUGAAGGAGCGUUACAGAACAUACACCAUCACUGGUGAAGACGGGCAGGAGGAGGAAAUUCAUAGCAAGAAGGGUGAUGAUGCCAAGCUGUUAUCAUCACAGCCAGAAAUAUCGCUGCAAGUUGGUGAAGCAGAUUCUGUUAAAGGUCCAUUGCUGGAGGAAGAGAGGAGUCAGAACAAGACAACACCAAAACAUCGUCGUCUGGAAGACAGACAGAGAUUCCAAACCAGAGUGCUUGAUAAAUCUGCGUCAGUUGAUACAAGCGAACGUGAACAAGAAGGUUGUGGCAAAGCUGAUGGAGAUCCUUGCCAGGAAGAACACCCUCCUGAAUCCAUAAAUACUGAUACAAUGAAAGAGAGGAGAUCCAGGAUAAAGACACUGAAACAAAAAAGAGCAGAGGCAAAGGAAAGGUUUCAGACUCGUACUCUUAGCGAAGAAAUCAAACCACAGCCAGAGACAAAUAUCAGUAAUUACAAUGCAGGCUCCAUUUCAGUUGUUAACUGCUCAGAUGCUGGCUUUGUGGAAGCUCCUCUGAAUGUCACGCCAGAAGAAAUAGAAUCUCUGCUUGAACGCGAUGCCAACAUUGUCAUCACAACACUCAAUGAUUCAAGGCGGUGUAACAGUGAAUCAUCAGAACUUCCAAGCAGUGACGAGAUGCUCCUGGAAUGUGAAACGUUGAGCCUUAUUUCAAUUGAAUCCGAGUCAGAUCAGAACUCAAACAUAUGUAGAGUAGGAAGAAGACGAGGGUCAGACCUCAUUGGAAGAGAGCCUUCCGUUAGUGAAGAGCCUGGAAUGUCAAACACUGGAGCAUCAGAGGAGAGAGUGAAUGAGGUGGUUGAAGCAGAUGUUAAGUGUAUGGAAUCUGUGGACAAUGAUGGCGAGGAAAGCCAGGGAGAACAGGAUAACAAUGCUGAUGAUUUACCCAAAACAAGAGGUCCACGAAUUGUAAAACCUGAAGAAAGACUUAAACUGGAUGAAAAUGCUGAAUCCAAUUGCACAGAUGAUGGUACACCUCAAAAUAACAGUCCUAAAUCCAUUCGUGGGAGACGAAAGGCUCUGUACUCUUCACCUGCAGUGAAGAGACCAAGUGUGCCUUCUUCAGGGUUACCUGUUGCUGGGAAAGCUCGGAGUAGCAUUCCUGUCGUAUCUGUUGCAGCUAGUAAUGGGAGACCCACAAGAGCCUCUGUAGUGAGGCAGACUGGAAAAGGUACCUCACAGCGAUCUGUCUCUAGAACUCCACCUUCCUCUACAGAGAGAAGUCCUCGUAAUGCAAGCCCGAAGACGAGUAGGACAGGGAGAACACAGCAACGGAAUCCAAACAAUGUAAAAUUAAUGACAUCAAGAAACAGUGGUGCCACAUGCACACCUGGCAAGGAAAGUGACGAACAAGUUGUUAAAGAUCCAAGGUUUAAGCCGCCUGAAAGACAGGGCACUUUCACAAAGGAUGAAAUACCUAAGGUAUUGCUUCCACCAUCACCCACAAAAACAAGAAUUCCAGUUCCAGCUUCCAUUAGUACUGUGUCCGCUAAAUAUGAGUCAGAAGCAAAGAAGACUUGUGGUGUGACCAAACAGUCCCGUUCUGUUGCUUCUACAACUUCAAAGAUCAAAAUUCAUAAAGAAAAAUCAGCUCCAGUUCUCACAAGAUCUCUGGGCCAGAGCAGAUUUACAAGAAACUAUAGUCAAGAAAUUAGUAAUUCAGGCAAGGGCUUACCAACACCAAACCAAAAAUCUGUUAUAAAGGCUGCAACAAUUCCAGGAAGAAAUGGUACUACUCGGUCUCCUCCUUUAUCUAGGGUGGGAUAUAAAAGAGGUAGCAUUGGUGCCCAGGAGGGCAUGAAGGCAUCCCUCAGUAACCAGAGUCUGCAGAGUAAUGACAGUGGCAGGAUAACAGUAAAGCAAGGAGGAGUACAGCCUCAAAGAUCUACCAGUAAUUGCAGUCUCAAUUCUGUUGCAUCAGGAGGAGGUUCUGGCAGCAAAAAGGAAGUAACGAGCAAGAUUGCAAGCUUGUGGAAACGGGUUGAAGAGAGUAAAACCAAACAGAAAGCUGCUGCAAAGGAUUCAAGAGUAUGGAUCACUGCAGCACCUGAUGAGGCAGUUGAUGUAGGCAGUGUGGUCUCUGCUGAUGUCCCUCAAGCUGCCAGACUUGUACGUAGCUCAACUUUUGAGGGUCUUCCACCCGUAUCUGCCAGCAAUGAUGAAGUUGACCACAAUGCAAGAAUAGCUACAGCAAGUAAGACAACGAUAAAAAUGAGGUUCUCAAAACAUGAUGGUAAAAGAGAGAGUAAAGACAGACAGAUUUCAGGGGAUUUUACAGGGUUUGUUGCAAAUCAGGAAGCACCCUUAAAACCAUCAACUGUACAGAGGCAAGUAGCAGAGGUAACAGGAGUGGCUAUAGUACAGCCUACAAGAAAAGUCAUGGCUACUUCUGAACCCCAACACCUGAACAACAGUCAAGAUGAAAUUCCUACCCCGGAAGUCGUUCUUAGGAGACGGCAGAGCGGAUCUGAAAAUACUGACCCAGAUCUGGAAAAACCAAAAAGAUUGUCAAGACUUGGUUCUUUUAUAAGAAUUGAUCCCCCUGAAGAAGUGAUCAGCAGUGGUGACAGCAGAAGUCUGCCCAGACAUCCUGCUUCUGCAAUAGUUGAGCCAUUUAAUUACUGCCCACCCACUUCCAUGGGUGGCUCCCACACUGUGACACCUGUUGCCAAGAGAAGUGAAUCAUACCUGAGUUUAAUUGGUAAUGUGGAGGAACUGAGACGUGAACAGACUGAAGUGUUAGACGAACAUAUGCCGGAGUUUAACACAGCAUCCAUUAGAAUUACCACAGUCUGAACUUAUACAAAAUUGGAACAUUUUAAUUAAAUAUAUUGCCAUUGAACUGAUGGUACUGCUAUGAUAAUUUGAAGCAGAUUGCAGGAUACAGUUUUGUUUCUGUCAUUCCUAUGCCAAAACUUUCAUCAAUCGAUUGGUGAUAGCAGUCUUUUUGUGACCAUGAGUCCACUGCCCCUGUAAGUUUGUGUGUGAUGUGCAAUUUUUGAAGGGAACUCUCAUGUCUCAUUCAUUGAUCAGUCAUGUUGCAGUCUAAUCAAAUUUGGGAAAUCUGAAAUAAGUUAAUUGUAUUUUGUAUAUAUGCAAUACAAACCUGCUGUAUCAGGCUUAAAGUCAUCCACACACAUAAGUAGAAUGCAUAUUCUUAAGGUCCCGUCUUAUUAUGUUUGGGCUGACGUAACUUCCCAACGGGAGCUACCUGUAUUUUAUCCAGAAAAUGUCAGUUUCUGUGUUUAGUUUCAUAGGUAGUGUACCUUAUAUUUUGCAUAUGUAAAUAAUGUGUAGUGCAUGCAUGAAUUUAGAUACCUGCUGAUUAAUUUAUUACAAACUGUUUAGAGUGAAAUCUGAUUGUUACAAAAUUCCAUUGAUGGUUAAUAAUGGUGAAUGUUAACACUGUUUGGGAGUGUGUAUGGGAAAUGAUUUUUGUAAGGCUUAGAUUUAUAAAGGGCCUAUGACAUAUUUUUUUUUCUAAUAUUAUAGAAUUUUGUGAUGAUAAGAUUUCAUUGGAAAUCAAAUGAAAGGAUGCCUUUGAUUUUUUAUUAAUUUCUUUACAGUUUUUCUUGUAAAUUUUUCUUAUUAUAAACUGUGCAGUAAGAAUUUAAUCUUUUAUUCAUUGUAAACAUGGACAUUACAUAAAAUCAUGUAACGUGAACGUGGGAGUUGUUAACAAACAUGACAUACCAAGAGGUAACAACAUUCAGAAGAGACGUGUGUAGGUUCUGCACUUCUGUGAAGCUGUUUGGAGUCUGCAAGGAGCCCAUACCGCUCUCAAAACAAUAUGGCUGCUUUCUUUCUGCUGUUAGAUACUGUGAAGCUGAGAUGGAAUGAAACUGUGAAGUUUGUUUUGGAAUUUUCUGAACUGGAAGUAGUACGUCACAUUCAUUGCUGAAAGUAUGAAGCAUCUGGGAAUUUAUUCUAUAGUCAAUAAAUAUUUUAUUUCUUGUGACAUCUGAGGUUCUUAUGUUACUGUCAAGUUUUAUGGGCUUCUGCUAUAUGUCCAAACAUUCCUGAGGAACAUAUUGCUUCAAUCUUCAGGGUGUCUACAGUAGUAAGUUGCUCUGAAAAGUUGGUUCACAUAUACCAAACUAUGGGAUGUCAUGUCCCAACAGACCGCAUUCUUGAUUUAUUUUUGUUUUAUUUUAUGUAACUGUAAUUUUAUUAAAUGAUCAUACAGAGACUUACUGAUUUGCAUUGCAUUUCAAGUGAUAAACAUGUUUCUUGUUGUCAGCUUUCUUUCUAUAAACCAGUAUUUAAGAAGAAUCAGAAGUAUAGUUUGUGUUAAAGAACAGUCUCUGGCAUACGUGCAAUUUCCACUAUUUUUGUGCCCAACAUUAAUAUUUAAACUGACAUAAAUUCCAGCAUUUACAUCGGACAUAAAUUCAUGAUUCAAUGAGUAAUGUAAAGGAAAGUGUUUAUGAAGAGCACUGUCUUCUGGAAAGUGGUGCUUUGUUGUCUGGUAGAACUUUUGAUGUUUUGGAGGAAUGUGCCACCCUCAUUUUUAGGGUAGAAGAGUACUGUGAAUAUGGAGACAGAAAAUCCCUCUGAAAUGUUUAAGAACAAACUGUACUCCAGCCACUACAUGGACAAGUGUGCAUUAUCAUAAGUUACAUAGACAGUAACAUCAUCAUACCACAAGGAUUCAUACACCAAUGGGAACUACAGAUAUAUUUAUGCAGGGUUUUUCUUCUGGAAGGUUGCCCACACAUGGUAUGAUGUGCUCUGGGUUGUAGAGUAGCUGGACUUUACCAGACUACAUGGCAUCACAUCCCACAAGAUGGUAAUCUUCCUAGUUACCACUGUGAGAACCUCAGAUGUUGAAUGUGUUUAUCUCAGUUUAAAUCUGGUUUGUCGUUUUUGUUAGCUUGAAGACACAUUCAUGAGAUGGCUGAUGAGAAACUGUUGCAGUAGGAGAAACACAAUAUGCUUGCCUCACGUUUUUGAAGAAUUGUAAUCCAAGAAAUUAAUGCAUGAGAUUGCAGUCAAAGAACUGUCAUCUUCUAGUCUGUGUGUUAUGCCAGUCAUAUUCCAAUUUGUUUAAUGGGAGGGAAUAUGAAAUCAUAUCUAAACCAAACUCCAUUCCUUUGUUGUAAUGUUUUACUAUAAAUGAUGCAGUUACUGUUUCUUAACCUUUUCAAGCAUGAAAUUAAUCUAAAUGCUAUUUAAAAAUCAGUUCAUACCAUGCAAGGAAGCAGGGAAAUAAUCGCCGUUUCUUCUGAGAAUCGUACAAAAUAUGGCCACAGUACCCUCUAUAUGCAAAAUGCAGAAUAUUUGUGAUGUUAGGGCAUGUGGUACAUACAGAGAACACUGUGCUCUAAGGCGUCUUUUAAGUUCCUGUAAAAAUCACCAGGUUAUACUUGCAAUCUUAGGGAAACUAGAUGUACCUUUGUUAUUCCUGCACUUGUGAUACUGCUAUAAUUCCAAAAUGGAGCAUUAAAAGAACAAAUAUGAAAUCUGAAAAUAUUAUACCACUAUACAUUUCUCUAUGCAUAAAAAAGGAAGCUAGCAUAUACAGGUAAUGAAACACUGACCACAUUUCAGUGAACAAAUUGUGUUUACUGCUUUUUAUAGACUCAUUAAAAUAAAAUCUACUUCUUUCCAGAACUGCUUAGUCUUGCAAUUUAAGCUAUUUUUUUAUAUGCUGAAGCAGUUUUAGCUUAAACUGGAUAUAUGGAAACAAUUUAAGGUAGUUUCUUUGGAUAUAUGGAAACAACUUAAGCUAGUUUCUCAGAUACAUGCAAGCAGUUUAAGCUAGUUUUGUGGUUUUUUGGAAACAAUUUAACCUAGUUUCUUGGAUACAUGGAAACAACUUAAUCUACUUUCUUGGUUAUGUUGAAACAAUUUAAACUAGUUUCUUGGUUACAUGGAAACAGUUUAACCUAGUUUCUUGGAUACAUGGAAGCAAGUGAAGCAAGUUUUCUUGAAUGAAAUUGAAGUUAGUUUGUUGGAUAAAUUGAAGCAAUUGAAUCUUGUUUCUCGGAUACAAGGAAGCCAUAAUUUUAUCAUGACAUUUCUUCCUACAGCUGGUAUGCAGUUUGGUUUUGCCUUGAAUAUUGAACUUAUAAACUGCAGAAUAGCAUCAGCAUAACAUGGUAAAGCCAUAUAGUUCUUCUAUUCAUGUCAGUUGGAUAUUAUAAUGCUGUUUGUACUGGAAUAUUAUCUGUGAAUGGAGCAUGUGCUCCAAUAAAUAUAUUGUGACACUAUAGUGUUGCAUUAUGAACUGU